UGGGUGUAGUAGACUGGCAUUUGGAAAAGGCAAAAUAAUUAUUUUGAGCGUUGUUCGUAGAUGUGUGUGUCGUGUAAACAUUAAGAAGAAAAAGGUGGUUUGGCUAAGAAUUUGUGCGCAAAGCGGAGCGGCGACGAACGUGCGCGCCAAUUUGUUUAUAAUAAAACAUUUUAAGAAGGAAUUUCAUUUGCAUUGUAUUGUUGGACACAAACGGCAGAUUGUAUGUACCUUGGUGGCUAGCUGAUUACUCGUUGGAUUGUAUAGACAUCGGUAACAAAAGAUACAAAACAAAAAAUUCUACAGGGUGUGGUUGUUGUGCAGUGGUCGAUUAUUCAAAAGAUGAAAUGAAAUUGAUUAAAAAAUGUGUUGUAUGUAUAUUUAUGGUGUAUCCAUUGUGUUGGUGAAUUGCAAAACGAAUACGCAUAAAACAUAUUGUAAAUUAAUUUAUGCGAAACGCGAACGAAAUUGAGGAAUUUAUGCAAAUUUUGGUGAUACACAGUUUUUAAUGUUGUUGACAGUGACGGCAAGGUGGAAAUCAAGCGAUACCGGAGCGUUUAUAUACAUGUUACAUUCAUAAUAAAAAUCUAAGAACUAAAACAAAUGCAAUCAGCUAUUUAGUUGUGUUCCAUCAUUGUGAGGAAGGACCAAUACAGAAUUAGUGACGUUGACAAUCGCGACGUCAAUGCCAACGUCGUCGUCUGCGUCGCUUUAAGUCUGUUGCACUUUACCAAGAGCAGGUGUAUACAGCGCCAAUAGCCGACGUUGGUGUAUGACCGGCUGAAAUGAAAAAAAGCAAAACGCCGCUGCAACAAUAACAAUAUCGACAUCAUGUCGCGGCUUGCUGAUUAUUUCGUUAUUGUUGGCUAUGAUAACGAUAAAGAACGGACUGCUGCUGGUAACAUACACAUGUCAUGUGGCAAGAUAGUGCAGCGUUUUCCGGAAAAGGACUGGCCGGAUACUCCAUUUAUCGAAGGCAUAGAGUGGUUUUGUCAACCACUUGGCUGGGGUUUGUCGUACGAUAAGCAAGAACCAAAAUUUUUCACUUCCGUACUUACUGAUAUCGAUGCAAAUAAGCAUUACUGUGCCUGUCUUAGCUUCCAUGAAACAUUGGCCAUCACACUUAAUAAAGUCAUUGAUGAAGAAGAUGAGGCAACUGCUACCGUCAGCAGCAUUGGUGGUUCCAAAUUUCAACCUGUGAUUACGGGCAGCACUAACGGCGGUGGAAGUGCUAAUAAUAGCAUAAUAUCUCAUCACAGCGUUAUGUAUGCGCCCAAAUGUUUGGUGCUAAUAUCACGGCUCGAUUAUGGAGAUACAUUUAAGAACUGUCUAGGCACUAUUUACACAGUAUACAUUGAGAAUCUGCCCUACGCAUUAGAAAAUCUCAUUGGUAAUAUACUUGGCUGUAUACAGGUGCCACCGCCAGGCGGUCCGCAAGUACGCUUCUCCAUAGGAGCGGGCGAUAAGCAAUCGCUACAGCCGCCUCAGUCGCCGUCGUUACCAGUGACGGGUACAGCUGUUUACUUUGUUUUUAAGCAAUUAGGUAUUAAAAAUGUACUUAUACUGCUGUGCGCGGUUAUGACGGAGAAUAAAAUUCUAUUCCAUUCAAAAAGCUAUUCACAUUUGACUGAAAGCUGCAAGGCUCUGGUAUCAUUGAUGUAUCCAUUCAGAUACACGCACGUGUACAUUCCGAUAUUGCCGGCACCGUUAACCGAAGUUCUCUCCACACCAACCCCCUUUAUAAUGGGCAUACACAGUUCAUUAGUCAGCGAGAUCACCGAUCUGCUGGAUGUUAUAGUCGUAGACCUAGACGGAGGCAUGGUGACGAUACCAGAAUCAUUGUCACCACCAGUGCCCAUACUGCCAUCACCACUGUGGGAACAGACUCAAGAGCUGCUUACAAUGAUUCUAUUUCCUCAUCUUUCACAGGCUGAUUUGGCAUUUCCAUCGCUUGAGAAACCAACUAAUUAUCCGAAGUCAGAUGCCAUAAUAGAUAAGGAGUUGCGUGCUAUUUUCAUGCGCCUCUUUGCACAAUUACUGCAAGGAUACCGCUCAUGUCUGACUAUUAUACGCAUACAUCCUAAACCGGUGAUAACUUUUCACAAGGCCGGCUUUUUGGGUGCACGUGAUCUGAUAGAAAGUGAAUUUUUGUUUCGCGUUUUGGACAGCAUGUUCUUUACCACCUUCGUGAAUGAACGUGGACCACCGUGGCGUUCUGCCGAUGCUUGGGAUGAAUUAUACAGCUCUAUGAAUGAGAUUUUGAAGAGCGAGGCGCAAAAUAAGAGCUUAGUAAGUUGCCUAAAAAUUUCGAUUAAUUUUUGUACAACUCACCAUAUUACACAUAAUCAUAAUUUCUUCCAGGUUCCAAUACACAUACAAGAGUUGGGAAAAACACUAUACGAAAACGAGUGUCCAAGUCAACAGGUUUACGCACAGAAAGUACUCCGCCCGCCGGAUGGCUCUUUCCAUCGUAUACACCAGCCAGCAUUUCCACGUAUUAGCAGCGAAAAAGUGGAGCUGAUUAUAAAUGAUGGCAUGCGCAAGAAUUGCAUUUCGCAUCGUUUAACGGUAUUGCGCAAUCAAAUGCGCAUCAUCCCCAUGGGUCCGCGCUUACCCGAAGUGCUAGAUGUGCGCCCAGCCAUCUUAAAUUCCGCACGCCGACUCGAGGUGCUAAAAACUUGUGUCGCUUAUAUUUUUGAAAAUAAAAUCGCCGAUGCGCGCAAACUAGUGCCCGCUGUGAUGCGCACACUCAAACACCGUGAUGCACGUCUAAUACUCUGUCGUGAACUAUUCGGCUAUGUGCAUGGCAAUAAGGCGAUACUCGACCAUCAACAGUUCGACUUGGUGAUUAAAUUUAUGAAUAAAACAAUACAAAAUUCCACGGGUAUUGAUGAGUACACCGUUGCGGCGGCACUAUUGCCCAUGUCCACUAUCUUUUGCCGCAAGCUUUCAACGGGUAUAGUACAAUUUGCCUACACCUGCAUACAGGACCAUCCCAUAUGGAAGAACUUGCAAUUCUGGGAGUCUACUUUCUAUCAGGAUGUGCAGACACAGAUUAAAGCUUUGUACAUGCAACGACGGCGACAAAUUGAAAAUAAUAAGGAAUCCAAUAUUGUAUUGGACGAUGUGCCGCUGGAAGAGCCAACUGCGCUUGAGAUAACAGCCGAACAAAUGCGUAAAAGUCCAACGCUGGAGGAGGAAAAAAAGAACGAAUUAGCGCAAUCAGAAGAAUCUACGCUUUACAGUCAAGCCAUUCACUAUGCUAAUCGUAUGGUGUCCUUACUAAUACCACCCGAUGUGAAUGCAGUGGGACCGAAGCCGAAGCAAUCCUUUCGCUUAGACGAUAAUCAAAGCGUAUCGAAUAGUAUUAUGGGCUCGCACAGCUUAAGCGAACAUUCAGACGAGGGCUUUGAGGAGAACGACGCACUGGAAGUGGGCGGUGCAGUCGGCAAAAUGGUGUCACGAUUCAUCGAUCGCGUUUGUACUGAGGGUGGCGUUACGUCUGAGCAUAUACGCAAUUUACAUGAUAUGGUGCCCGGUGUAGUACAUAUGCAUAUUGAAACGCUGGAAUCGGUAUAUCUGGAAUCUAAAAGGCAUCCACAUGUGCAAAAGCCAAAGAUACAAGCGCCAUGUCUGCUGCCAGGCGAAGAGAUUGUAACGGAUCAUUUGCGUUGCUAUCUCAUGCCGGACGGCCGAGAAGAUGACACACAAAGCUGGAUACCAGCCGAGGGCGCAUUGUUCUUAACAAAUUAUCGUAUUGUGUUCAAAGGCUCACCCUGUGAUCCACUCGCUUGCGAACAGACCAUUAUUCGCGCAUUUCCCAUCUCCUCAAUGCUGAAGGAGAAGAAAAUCUCAGUACUAUAUCUUUCGCAUUUAGAUCAAACCCUGCCGGAGGGUUUGCAGUUGCGUUCUAGCACCUUCCAGUUGAUGAAAAUAGCUUUCGAUACGGAAGUGACGCCGGAAAUGAUUGAAACUUUUCGUAAAAUACUCACAAAGGCUCGCCAUCCAAUCGAUGAGUUCGAGCACUUUGCCUUCCAAUCGUACGGUACCAUCAUGCAUGGCACCGCACCAUCUAAAACCAAAGAAAAAUACUCAACACUAAAGGGUUUCGCUAAGAAAACGAUUUUACGCAAAUUCAAACAAAAAACGCCAGCCAAACGUAAAUUAGUUACUUCGACAUUAGAUUUUGAUACGCUCGGUCCUUCAACAGAGGCGAUAGACACACAUUCUUUAGACGACGAACUCGAAGAUGAUGAGUUCGAGACAAAUACGGACACAAUGCCACGCUUACUGACCGCCAAAGAUGUGGAGCGCAUGCGAGAACGUAGCUAUGUGCGCGAUUGGAAACGUUUAGGCUUUGACGAGGCACAAAAUGGCUUCCGCAUAACCACCGUAAAUGCCAACUACAGUUUAUGUCGUUCAUAUCCUGCGCUGUUGGUUGCGCCUGUGCAAAUUAAUGAUGCGGCGCUUUUGCAUCUUGGACGAUGCUACAAGAGUCAACGCAUACCUGUGGCCACAUGGCGACAUCGGAAUGGCGCUCUCUUGAUACGAGGCGCUCUGCCACAUAGCAAAUCAGUGAUCGGCAUGCUGAAAAACUCCACCGGUUCGAAUACGAUGUCACAUGACGUCGCCAACUAUCACGAGCAAGAUAAAUAUAUUUCAGCGCUAAUUGACUCCAUGCCAAAGAAUCUCUCCCUAGCAUUGGCGCAAUACACAAUGACUGGCAUGAAUUUGUCCAUGAAUUCAUUGUUAUUGAACGCUACCGAUGAGUCGGCCUACCUCAAUCGCGCAGAUACUUCGUUGACACCCGAGGUUAGUCGUAAACACAAGUCGGCGAUUUCAGGUAGUGGUAGUGAAUCUAAAUCGAAUAAUUGGACCGAUUCACUAAAACCAAAAUCGAAUACUAUAAAGAACAAUUCAUCGGUGACGGCGGCCGCAGCAGCAUAUCGGAAGUUACGGCUUUAUGUCUUAGGUGAGAAAUCUCAAACAAAAUCCGGCAUCAACGCAGAUCUCUGUGCAGAAUUCAUAGCCGUCGACUAUGCCGAUUACCGGCAAACGCGCAUCGCUUUCAAGAAGCUAAUGCGCGCCUGUCUGCCCUCGAAUACAACCAACGAUGCCGACCAAACAUUCGCCAAAAGCGUUGAACAGUCGGAGUGGUUACAGCAAAUUUCUUCACUCCUACAACUCUCCGGUGCAGUAGUCGAUCUAAUGGAUCUGCAGGAGUCUAGUGUGAUGCUCUCACUGGAGGAUGGCUGGGAUAUAACCGCGCAAAUAUCAUCAAUUGCACAACUCUGCCUCGAUCCCUACUAUCGCACAAUGGAGGGUUUCCGUGUGCUCAUCGAAAAGGAUUGGAUCGCAUUUGGACAUCGUUUUGCGCAUCGCAGCAAUCUGAAGCCAACCCAUGGCAACUCAAGUAUUGCAUUUGCUCCGACCUUUUUGCAAUUUCUAGACGCUGUCUACCAAAUACAACGACAGUUUCCAAUGGCAUUUGAAUUCAAUGAGUUCUAUGUGCGCUUCUUGGCCUACCAUAUGGUUUCGUGUCGUUUCCGCACCUUUCUUUUUGACUGCGAGGUGGAACGUUUCGAUUUAGGUAUCGCAUCUGUGGAGGAUAAACGUGGUUCGCUGGGCACCAAACAUCAUCUAUUGGGUAAUACGGGGUCCGAUGACGAGGGUGUCUAUCCCAUGGACGUACGCAGUAAAGCACAAUCUUCGGUGAAUUUCAAUCGCAUAGGUCACUCUAUAUUCGAUUACAUCGAACGACAACACGCGAAGACACAAAUCUUCUACAAUUUUAUGUAUUGUGUACGAGAUGAUGUACUGCGUCCACAGAGUUCAGUGCCCGCCCUCGAUCUAUGGGCAUAUUACACGAACGAAGAACUGGCACAGGGUCCACCUUACGAUCUGGAGCUCACCAAUGCCGAUGAUGAAAUCGAUUUAUCUGAAUUGCGUGGCAAACGCAUCGUGAUUAGCGCCGGUUAUGAUAACAUCGAGAAAAGCAAUGCGAAUGCCUUCGUUUGUCUGCUGAGCGAUGUACGUCAAGCGGAAACCGAACGUGGUUAUUUACCACAGAAAUGGUUGCAAGUGUGGGACCAAUUGGAAGUGCCGCCAAUGGAGGAGUUAACACGCAAAUCCUCGCUUAGCAGCAUUCUCUUGCAGUCACACGGCAAAUUGGCACCCAAACGCUCUACGUUAGAGAUUUUGAUGAAGGGCCGUCAAAGUGGCUAUCAGGAUAAAUAUUUUCAUCCGCAUCGUUUCGAGAAGCAUCCAUACACCACACCAACGAACUGCAAUCACUGCACGAAGCUGUUAUGGGGUCCGGUGGGCUACCGCUGCAUGGACUGUGGUAAUUCGUAUCACGAGAAAUGCACCGAAAUAUCGCUGAAGAAUUGCACGAAAUAUAAAGCAGUCGACGGUGUGGUACCGCCGAAUGUGAACAUCUCGCAGGGUGACACCGCCAGCAUAGCAUCGAGUGCUGCCACAACAGCGCGCACAUCCAGUCAUCAUUUCUACAAUCAGUUCAGCAGUAAUGUGGCGGAGAAUCGCACGCAUGAAGGUCAUCUUUAUAAGCGCGGCGCUCUUCUGAAAGGCUGGAAACAGCGUUGGUUUGUCUUGGACUCUAUAAAACAUCAACUACGCUAUUAUGACUCCGGUGAGGAUUCGCAAUGCAAAGGAGUCAUAGAAUUGGCGGAAGUGCAAUCGGUGACACCGGCGCAGCCCGCACAAAUUGGCACGAAACGCAUCGACGAGAAGGGCUUCUUCGAUUUGAAGACCAAUCGUCGCACGUACAAUUUCUAUGCCGUAAAUGCGAAUUUGGCACAAGAAUGGAUUGAGAAAAUUCAAGCCUGCCUACAGUAGAUGAAAUUUAGCAUAGACGCGCCCAUUAGCAGUGUAUUCAUCAACGAUAUUCCGUUUCUUGCACGUAUUAUUUUAGUUACAUACAUAUAUAACGUAAGCUGCUUCUAAGUUACGUGGAAAAAAGUAGAAAAUACGGUAGGGAAAUCAAAACGCAACGCUUUAUGAAAGAGUUUGGCGUUAAACUUAUCAUUAUAUAUUUAUGUAUAAAUACUAGCGAUUAAAUGUGUAUAUUUAAGCUAUGUGUGUGUAUUUACUACUU